AAAAUCAAAUAUACCUACAUGUAGUUACUUAGGAAAUCGUUGGCCAAAAAGUCCAUUAAUAUCGCAAUGCGUACACAGUUGUGCUAUCUGUGGUUCUUUAGCUGUUUCCUAACUUAUCUUGGGGCCACUGUGGAUAGAGUGUCGAUGGAUAAGCUGGGCUUUCACAAUAACUACAAUGCGAUUGUGCGGGAUUUAAUCAAGAACUGGGAGUCACCGAUUGUGUAUCUGCGACAAUUGGGCUAUCUGCCCAAGGACUAUGAGGAUACGUCAAAGAUUAAGCCGAGCUUGGAUGCUCUGAUGAGUCGCAUCGAGCACGAUGAUCAGCCGAAUGCCAUACACAGCGAAGGUGACAAAGGCCAGCAGCAAUUCUGUGGAGCAAAUGAUGGCAAGAAGAUGGAGCUGCAGAAGAAGAAAAAGAAGAAGCGAAAGGCCAUAUUGUUGCAGCCGCAGAAGGGCAAGCGUCGUGAUCGCGAGGCAAAUGCCACACAGGGCGUAGCCUAUCCCACUGUGGAUCAACUGUUGGCCAUGGUGCAGCAUACGAAGCCUGCGGCGAUUGGCGAGCCCAAGGCUCAGCCGUUGGAGCCACAGCCAAAGCCCGUGGAACAGGUUGACAACUCGAAAUUGCAGCUGCUUGGCCAAAUGUUUUCAGAGCAGCGGCAGGAGCCAGUGCAGCAAGAGCAGCCAGUGCAGUCAGCAGCCAAAGCGACUGAAAAUGAGAGUCUUUUGCAGCGUCUUGUCAAGAUAAUCAAUACGAGCUCUGAGCCCAAGCCACUGGAAACGGCUGAGCCAAAUAUCGUUGGCAAUCUGCCGCAGUAUUCAAUUGAGCAACCAUCGCCCAUGGGGGCCUAUAACAUGAUGAAGAUGCUCAAUGAGAGUCCUGGCAAGAGUGUGUCCUCCUAUUUGGCCAGCAAAAAGGCGGAUGGCGAUACGAUCGCCCGGAUCCGGCGCAAUCUGAAGUCAAGAUUGAUACGGAAAUCGAAGCACCGCAAUAUCUAAAUUGGGAUAU